GCCCCAUGAACACAGUCACCCAGGGAAAGCGAACCGCGCCAGGCCCUCUCAUCGCCUGCCGGGUCCGUCCUCCUAGCGCUCGCGGCCGCUCACAUGGGCGUGGCCCUGCGUGACGGGCCGGGGCGUCACGUGAGCGCCCGGAGUCAUGUGACCGCCGUCUUGCCAGUGUUCCACGGGCGCUGCUUCCUGCCGGGGCUUGGAGUUGUCACCACUUUCCCCUCUCCGUCUCCUGCGGGCGCCAUGGAGGAGGAGGAUGAGGAAGCGCGGGCGCUCCUGGCAGGCGGCCCUGGCGAGGCCGACAGAGGUGCCCCGGCCACCCCCGGGGCCCUGCUGGCCCUCUGCGACCCCAGUCGCCUGGCGCACCGGCUUUUGGUGCUGUUACUGAUGUGCUUCCUUGGCUUUGGCAGCUAUUUUUGCUAUGAUAAUCCUGCUGCCCUUCAGACUCAAGUUAAACGAGAUAUGCAAGUGAAUACCACGAAAUUCAUGCUGCUGUAUGCCUGGUAUUCUUGGCCCAAUGUAGUUUUGUGUUUCUUUGGUGGCUUUUUGAUAGACCGAGUAUUUGGAAUACGAUGGGGCACAAUCAUUUUUAGCUGCUUUGUUUGCAUUGGACAGGUUGUUUUUGCCCUGGGUGGGAUAUUUAAUGUUUUUUGGCUGAUGGAAUUUGGAAGAUUUGUAUUUGGGAUUGGUGGAGAGUCCUUAGCAGUUGCCCAGAAUACAUAUGCUGUGAGCUGGUUUAAAGGCAAAGAGUUAAACCUGGUGUUUGGACUUCAACUUAGCAUGGCUAGAAUUGGAAGUACAGUAAACAUGAACCUCAUGGGAUGGCUGUAUUCUAAGAUUGAAGCUUUGUUAGGUUCUGCUGGUCACACAACCCUCGGGAUCACACUUAUGAUUGGGGGUAUAACGUGUAUUCUUUCACUAAUCUGUGCCUUGGCUCUUGCCUACUUGGAUCAGAGAGCAGAGAGAAUCCUUCAUAAAGAACAAGGAAAAACAGGUGAAGUUAUUAAAUUAACUGAUGUGAAGGACUUCUCCUUACCCCUGUGGCUCCUAUUUAUCAUCUGUGUCUGCUAUUAUGUUGCUGUGUUCCCUUUUAUUGGACUUGGGAAAGUUUUCUUUACAGAGAAAUUUGGAUUUUCUUCCCAGGCAGCAAGUGCAAUUAACAGUGUUGUAUAUGUCAUAUCAGCUCCCAUGUCCCCGGUGUUUGGGCUCCUGGUGGAUAAAACAGGGAAGAACAUCAUCUGGGUUCUUUGCGCGGUAGCAGCCACUCUUGUGUCCCACAUGAUGCUGGCCUUUACAAUGUGGAACCCUUGGAUUGCUAUGUGUCUUCUGGGACUCUCCUAUUCAUUGCUUGCCUGUGCAUUGUGGCCAAUGGUGGCAUUUGUAGUUCCUGAACAUCAGCUGGGAACUGCAUAUGGCUUCAUGCAGUCCAUUCAGAAUCUUGGGCUGGCCAUCAUUUCCAUCAUUGCUGGUAUGAUACUGGAUUCUCGGGGGUAUUUGUUUUUAGAAGUGUUCUUCAUUGCCUGCGUUUCUUUGUCACUUUUAUCUGUGGUCUUACUCUAUUUGGUGAAUCGUGCCCAGGGUGGGAACCUAAAUUAUUCUGCAAGACAAAGAGAAGAAAUAAAAUUUUCCCAUACUGAAUGAGAAGUUAAAAUGAAUGUGUCAUGAGAAUGGGCUUAACACAUCGUUGGUUUGAAAACCUCCAUUUUUAGAAAUUUAGAGUUUAGUCAUUAGAAAAAAUAAUGGACUGGAAAGUUAUAUUUAUAUCCAAAUAUACCUAUUUCAAAGUGUAUUUGUGAGGCCUGUUUUAGCCUGUGUCUUUUGUAUUGUGUGCUGCUAAAGAAUUCUACUUUUAGUAGGCUAAUCAACAAUGAAAGGGUUAGAAAAUUUUUGUGGAACAUCCAGGUGAACUUCAGGAAGGACAGUGAAAAAUGGAAAACAUUGGAGCUUCUGUUGAGAUAAUCUUCAUUAGGUAUAUAUCUUAGGGAUACAGCCUUUUCUUUAUCUUAUAGCAGGAAAAAAAAAACUUUUGAGGGGAAUAGAAGGACUGUGUUACACAAAAUAAACAAUAGCGUUGUCAUAGGCCUUCCUUUUAGUAGUAGGGCAUAAUGCUAGGGAAUAUGUGAAGAUGUUUUUAUGAAGUCUCUUUCCGAUCACGAGCAAUAGCUUGCGCUCUACUCUGUAGUUAUGUGGAUUGCUGAGCAAUGACCCUUUUCAAUUUCUUAUUUCUGUGUUACUGAGGACCCUAAUUACUUAGGGAUGUAAUUUUAUAGUAUAAACUUUCUGUACAGUUUUUCUUAUAGUCUAAUAAGUAAAAAGUGUCCUUCAAAUUAUGAUAAUUGCCUAUGUACAUGGAUAAAUUAAAACACUGCACACGGA